CGGCGAGGAGCGCAGCGCAGCCGCGGGGAACCGAGCAGCGCGUGGAGCCGGCCAUGGGCAAGUCAGCUUCCAAGCAGUUUCAUAACGAGGUCCUGAAGGCCCACAAUGAGUACCGACAGCAGCACGGUGUCCCCCCUCUGAAGCUCUGCAAGAAGCUCAGCCAGGAAGCCCAACAGUAUUCCGAGGCCCUGGCCAGCACGAGGAUCCUCAAGCACAGCCCUGAGUCCAGCAGAGGCCAGUGUGGGGAGAACCUGGCAUGGGCAUCCUACGAUCAGACAGGAAAGGAGGUGGCUGAUAGAUGGUACAGCGAGAUCAAGAACUACAACUUCCAGCAGCCUGGCUUCACCUCGGGGACUGGACACUUCACCGCCAUGGUAUGGAAGAAUACGAAGAAGAUGGGAGUGGGGAAGGCAUCUGCCAAUGAUGGGUCCUCCUUUGUAGUGGCCAGAUACUUCCCAGCAGGCAAUGUUGUCAACCAGGGCUUCUUCGAAGAAAAUGUCCUGCCUCCAAAGAAGUAACUUGUCCAACCUCAUGGGAAGGCAGCAGACUUAAGAAAGUGGAUGCAAAGUGCCUAGAACCACC